AUGGCGCUUGCCUCGUCCCUGCUGAAGCACUACGCUAUCGCCAGGCUAUCGACCAUGAUAAGUGACUCUGGCUCCGAUAAGAGUGUUGGCGAUAGCGGUCACGGGCAAGGAGGCAUCCCUUGGGACCGCACGAUCAUCACUCGCGACUCGCUCACGAAACCGGUCUUCGUCGACCCCCGCACAGGCCGCCAACCCGUCAGUUUCAACGUGAGCCACCAGGCUGGUAUUGUCGCCUUGGUGGCCGUUGCAGGCUACGAAGCUCCCCCAAACCCAGUUGAUGCCAACGCCCCGCCGAGUACCCCAGCCCGCGGGCAACGCAGACAGAAGGUGCCUGUAGAGGUCGGUGUGGAUGUAGUCUGUGUCUCAGAGCGACGUGAGCGAGAUCUGGCAAUGCUCUGGGACGAAAGCGAAGGCUGGGAAGGCUUCGUCGACAUGCACGCGGACGUCUUCUCCCCCUCCGAAGUUGCCUAUCUGAAGGGUUCAAGCCCUCCCGCGCCGCGGCCUCCUCCCGGCCCGGCCUCAGCUGCACGACGGUCCAGAUCCCGCUCCUCUCGCGGCUCCGAGCAAUACUACCAGCAGUCUCCCGAGCAACAGCGCUACGUGCGCGAGCUGUCUCCCGAGAAGCAGCGGCACUACUUGCAGCACCUAGAGGACCUGCGGCGGAGAGCUGAGGAAGAGGAGGACGAGAUCGAGGAGGGCAUGGCGGACGGCAAGCUGCGCAUGUUUUACGCGCUGUGGGCGCUGCGUGAAGCCUAUGUCAAGCUGACGGGUGAGGCCCUGCUGGCUGAGUGGUUGAGCGAGCUCGAGUUUAGAGACUUUCGGGCGCCGAAACCGACGGCUGCGUGGGAGGUGCCUGCCUGCGAAGAGAGGGGCGAGGUGGUGAGGGAUAUUGAGAUCUACUUUAGGGGGCAAAGGGUGGAUGAUGUGAAUAUGUGUAUCCGGUCUAUGGGCCCGGAUUACAUGAUUGCCACGGCUGUGAGGACGCCGGGGAGGAAAGAGGAUGGGCUGGCGUGGCAGCUGGGGCCGUAUGAGAUUUUGAGUUUAGAGGAUGUGUUGGAUUUUGCGGCGAAGAGCCGGCUCGGAGGUAGGUGA